UGUGAUUUCCUCAGAGACCGUUCACGAUUUCGUCUGCGUUCGAGGAUUGGAAAGGAGCGAGCGUUCGAGAGAGAGAGGGAGAGAGAAGGAGAGAGGAUUACAUCAUCUUCUAACGUUGGUCUCAUCAGGCUCUGUUGGAUUUGAUCUGUAUUAUUGGGAACUUAAUAUAUUUUUACAAUCUUGUCCGAAGAGAAUCUUUUUUUUUUAGGGUUCUUGGGGUUUCUUCGGCUGUGAAUCUUCCCUUUCUGUGGGUUAAGCUUUUAUAGAUUGUCUUGAUCUGAACGCCUUGGUUUUUAGUUGGUGUGGUAGUCUCGCGGGAAGAUUGAUUCAGGAGAUCGUUUGUUUAAAAGGGUUUUUUGUUAGGGUUUGUUGGGAUUCGAUCUCUUAGGUGGAGGUUUGGUUUGGUUUGCUUGGUUGGGAUUUGGGGAUCCGAUGAACGAUCAGUCCCAGAUGAUGAAUCAGUCUCAGAUGUUGAAUCGAAGCUAUGGAAUCUGGCCACCGCCACCACCUCCGCCUCCGCCGGAGGAUUCUCUUAAGUUUCAGAACCCUUCGAGGCCGGCUUUUGUGGCAGCAAAGCCCGGGAGGAACAAUUGGAAGGGAAAGAAGAUUGCUGAUAAGAGGAAAGAGAAUCGACGAAAGGAGAAGGCAGUAGUUGGUAGUGGCGGCGCUGGAGUUGGAGGUCUAGGCGGAGGGGGAGGGUAUAAACCCCCGACUCUCCAUGAACUGCAAUCUCAGAAUCGUUUGAAGGCUCGGAGGUUCUACCCAAAGAAGAAGUUCAAUCGGUUUGCACCAUUUGCCCCGAGGAACACGACUUCUUUUAUAAUUCGAGCAAAGAAAUCGGGAGGAAUUGCCUCACUUGUAUCCCCUUGCCCUGUGACGCCGGCGAUUCUUCCAACUCCGAUUUUCUCCCCGUCGAGGGAGGUUCUUGUUGACAUGGCGAAGGAAGAGUGGGGGUUGGAUGGUUAUGGAUCCAUGAAGGGUUUGAUCAGGCUUCGGUCGCCGGGGCACGAGGUUCGCGAUGAUGAUGAAGAAGAGGAAGGAGGGUCGAGCGAGAGUGAUGUUGAAGAGCAUGUUGAGGUGGAAAGGAGAUUGGAUCACGAUUUGAGCCGAUUUGAGAUGAUUUACCCGAAUGGAACUGACGAGAAUGCCAACUUGUUGGAGAACCGAGUGGACGAUCAGGACACACACAUUGCACAGCUGGAGGAAGAAAACCUGACAUUGAAGGAGCGGCUUUUUUUGAUGGAGAGGGAGUUGGUGGACUUGAGAAGGAGAUUGCAGUGCUUGGAGACGGAGAGCCGGGUGAAGGAGGAGAACAAUGAGGCGUCGGAGAAUGCAUCGGAGAAUGAAGUCGGAGGAGGGGAUAAUGUAUCAGAGAAUGAAGGGGAAGGGACAGGGGAUGUCUGCUCAGAGAAGAGCGUCGGCGACGGUGACUGAUUACAUUGUCCCUCCCUCGUUGAUUAGUUCCUUUCCUCGAGAGGCUAUCUAUCUAUGCUCAAAAUUGCUCAUGUGGCCUGUCUCAACUGUCAAUGCUUUUGUAUCAUGUACGGCCAAUCUACUGAAUGGGCCAUGGAGGAAGGUAGCCAUUCUGAGCAAAUGAUCCGUGUCCAAUCGCAAAUUUCUGGACUGGAAGAUGGGAUUAUUCAAGGGUGUUCUCGAGGGUCAUAGCACCAAUCCAGGGCUUCCCACCCAUCUGUUCAUCAAGGGAUCUAAGUUCCAGAAAUAAGAAAAGGUGUGUUGCAGCCGAGGCAGAGUCCCCUUUCAUGGUGCCUGUCAAAGAGUUAGAAGAGAGCUUUGGCCUUCAAAGGAUGAUGAAGGAAGGAUUCAGGUGAAAAAGGAACAGAAUUGAGGCUAAAGAUUUGGAAAGACUGGAGAGUUGUGCUCCCUCUCCAAAUUCCAAAGGUGGAACCAGGGAGGAAAGCUGUGAAAUCUCCUUCCAAGUCGUGCAACAGCGAGACGAGAUGGUGUGGUGGAGAAUGGAGAUUGGCCGGCUGUUGUGGUUGUCCUAAAUCCCAACACAAAAGUUAACCGAUUCUCCCUAAACUACUGCUCUAGAAUGCUAUUGAAGGGAAGUGCAAGUGGGGCCUGGGGGUGGCUUUGCGUGUGGGACAAGAACAUAGAGAAGAAAGUUGUCAAUGUAACUGUUUUGUUUGAACUGUGGAUGUGGUGGUCGACGCCGUCGGUGGAAGCAAUGCAAAUUUCUUUUCUUUUAGUUUGCUAUCAAAGAGUUUCUGUUUAGUAGCUUUACCGCCACGGUGAAUCAGAAUGAAACUUUAAAAGUUGUUCCCACUUCCACCGGCC